AUGCCCAUCUCCAAAUCCGCUCCUAUCGCCAUUAUCGGCGCAGGCGUCUUCGGUUUAUCCACUGCCCUCCAGCUUGCCAGUGAUGGGUAUACAAAUAUUACUGUUUUCGAAAAGGAUGACCAGAUUCCGCCUCGCUCGUCGGCCGGUUAUGAUCUUAAUAAGAUCGUAAGGGCUGAGUAUGAGGAUCCGUGGUAUACUGAGUUGACGAUUAAAGCAAUUGAAGCGUGGAAAACUCCCCUUUACGCACCUCACUACCACCAGACCGGAUUCCUACAUCUAGUCUCCGGCUCCGCGCCCCAGAAAGCAGUCGAUACGCUUGAGCGCUUCCUCGCGACAGUCCGUGACCACCCCAAAUACAAAGGCCAGAUCCAGGACGUCAAAACCCGCGAUGACAUCCGCAACAUCGCCUGGCAAUACGACGGCCAAUUCCCCGGCUGGAAAGGCUACUUCAACCGCCAAGCCGGCUACGCCCAUGCCUCUAACGCCCUACUCGCCGUAUACAAAGCCGCCGCAGCCAACGGCGUCAAAUUCAUCCUCGGAAAGAACCGCGGCUGGAUAACCGAACUAAUCCACGACCCCAACACCAAGCAAGUAACAGCCCUCCGCACGCACUCCGGCACCACAAUCCCAACGACUCUCACAAUCGUCGCCACCGGCGCCGCAGCAGCAACCCUGAUCCCGUCCGCAGCGCAGCAAAUCGUUGCCAAAUCUUGGUCCCUAGCACACAUCCACCUGACGGACGACGAGACCUCCGCCCUGCGCAACAUCCCCGUGACCUACGCCCGCGACCUGGGCUUCUUCUUCGAACCGGACCCAGUAACUAACUGGCUCAAGAUUUGUCCUAUGGGCGGUGGGUAUGUCAACACGGACCCUGUGUCUGGACGGUCGUUGCCUCCCAAGACGCUUGCGGAGAGCGAUGUUUUGCCCGUUGAGGACGAGGGGCGGAUUCGGCAGUUGUUGAGGGAGGCAUUGCCCGGGUUGGAGGGGAGGGAGCUUGUGGGGAAGAAGUUGUGUUGGUUUGCGGAUACGAACGAUUCGGAAUUUGUGAUUGAUUAUGUACCUGGGAUGGAGGGGUCUGUUGUGAUGUUGUCUGGGGAUUCAGGACAUUUGUUUAAGAUGUUGCCGAUUGCGGGGGAGUGGGUAAAGAGGUUGGUGGAGGAGGGGGAGCAGGAAGUUGCUAGGUGGCGGUGGAAGGAGGGUAAGGGGCAGGAUGAUGGGAAGGGGGAGGUUAGUUGGCGGCUUGGGGCGACGAGGGAGUUUGCGGAUAUCAACAAGAAGACGUCUAAGCUGUGA